AUGGAGGGGAGGUACAGCACCAGAAGUCCAGCUGUGAAACGUUUGAUGAGAGAAGCUCAUGAAUUGUGUGAGCCGACAGAUCAGUACUUUGCUCAACCACUAGAGGAUAAUCUGUUUGAAUGGCAUUUUACCAUCCGGGGACCAGUGGAUUCUGACUUUCAAACUGGGCUGUAUCAUGGCCGGAUCAUCCUGCCUGUGGACUACCCCAUGAAACCUCCCAGUAUCAUCUGGCUAACUCCCAAUGGUCGUUUUGAAACCAACAAGAAGAUCUGUUUGAGUAUAUCUGGUCACCAUCCAGAAUCCUGGCAGCCAUCUUGGUCUAUACGGACAGCAUUACUGGCUAUCAUAGGGUUCAUGCCAACCCAUCCCGGAGGAGCUAUUGGCUCUCUGGACUACAAACCAGAAGAACGGAAGGCACUGGCCAAGAAGAGUCGUGACUGGAAAUGCCCCAUUUGUGGUGAUGUUUCUGAAAUAUUGCUGGAGCCAAGCCCAGAAUCAAGCCAGACCUCCCAAGAGGCCAAAGAGCUUGCAAGUCAGAUCAGUUUCCAGGGAGAGAAACCAAAAUCGGCAGAAAGCAAGAUCAGUGGUGAAGUGGCUGUAUCGAGCCCCCCUGCAAGUACCGCAGCAACCACCACCCCCAGCACAGAAAAUGCUUCCAAUCAGUCAUCACCCACUUCUACAGCUGCUAGUGCCCCACUGAAUCAACCAACUCCAUCAACAGACAGCACUCCUGUUUCAGGCACCUUGUACUCUCCCUGGGUCUGCCCUCCAAUCCUCCCCUCCAAUAGUGCAAUGCCACCUCCCUUCAUGCACCCCUGGACAUGUCUGCCGUUGCCACCAGGUGGAAUCCUGUCUCAGAUGCCAAGGUUCCCUUAUCCACCAAGUCAUUAUACAAACAACAGUAGAUCAUUUUACCCACCAGGUUUCACCCUACCUCCUGGUGUUGGCAUGUUUCCCUGUCCCUUCCCACCACCCACAACCACAUUUGGCCACAACAUCACUGACCAGAAUAAAACUCCACCAAUUUCUGUUAAUAACAGCUCACUAUCCCCACCUAGCCAGAGCCCAACCAGAGGAAGCCGGUCACACUCAGCUGAUGCACCUCAGAUUCCAAAUAUUCCUCCACCAUCGCCUGCUUCUGUGAUAUCAUCACAGGCAGGCAGUAGUGAUCCUGUUUCCCCAAACUACAGUCCACUGAAAGAGCAUGUGCUAAAUGAACUCCUCGGCAAGGUCAAACGUGUGGGCUCAGAUGUUCAGAUUCCAGCAAGUGCUGGCACAGACACUGCUGCACAGGCUGUAUCUCCCCAGUCUGCGGAACUUGCCUUCCUUCAGACAACUACAGCAAAUAAGUCAGGUGUGAAGUUAGAAGUACAAGAUGUGCUCAAUGGGCAUAAUACUUCCACAGAUUUAGAACCACUGGUAUCACAGAUUGUGAAUGUAUCUACAAUUUCAGAAGCCUUGAAAUGUGCCUUUGAUGUCACAGAGGAAAUGGCAGAAGGGAAUCAUUCCCAAGAUCAUAGUGCAUCCAGAAAUUCUCAAGAUGGGAAACAUCAUACUGUAGGAGAUCAGUGCUCUGUGGAAGAUAAAAGCCAGAUUACAGAUACAGAUCUUUCAGUGUCAUUAAUCAGAAAGGAAUCAGUCAAUGAAUCAACUGGAAUGGAGAUAAGCCACUCUGAACUUUCUGUAGAUCCUGGAGAAGAUGAUGAACCUGCCAGUCCGGCACUUGAAAUGUCAGACACAGAGCAGAGGUCACAUUUUGAGAGAAGUACCAGCAGCUCCAUGCCCGAUUUGAAGAAGAAACUGAAACAGGGAUCUGUAAAGGGACUGCGACAGAGGCAGUCGGCACUUGCUCGAGUGCCUUGUGAAGCAGCUGAUGAACAGACUUUGUCAGAGCAGGCCAGCUCUGGAAGUGGCCGGCAGAGGAUUGAAGCUGUGGCAGGAGAUUCAUCAUUUGCAAACCAGCAGCGAUUCCACCAAAAUGCAGUCAAUGCUGGUAAUGAUGCUGCAAGAAAUCAUCAUGCUAUCGAAGCUGAACAAGCUGCUAGAAGAGCACAGGGGAGACCAGCACAGUCAGCAUUUGAUGUUUCCUUCAUGGUGAUGAUAGGGCUCUGUGUGACCACAGUUGCUAUUCUUGUCAACCGGCUGUUUGAUUUGAUUGACUUUUCUACUAUAUUUGACUAA